UUAUAUUUACGUGAGGAUAUUUUGAUGCCAUACCAUACCAUCUCUGGGCAUUUCCAUUGUGUUUUGCAGUGAUAGUUGACACGUAGUCUGAGUAUUUCAGACUCAUUCGUCCGCUUUUAGUGUGCUGGAAAUAUAGGACCCCCAUUUUUGCCAGUCAUUAAGCGGAAAAGCUGAUCACUCAGCAGCUCAGAGUGCGGAAGUAAAACUGUUUAUUCAAUUCGCUCAGGUCAUGGUUAAGUGGACGGAACUGGAGCGCAGCACCGUGAACGCUAUCUGGGAAAAAAUAGAUAUCGAUGAGAUUGGGUCACAAAUUUGGGCAAGAGUCUUGAUAGUCUACCCCUGGACUGAGCGAUAUUUUGGUUCUUUUGGAGAUCUCUUCACCAUCACUGCUAUUUUGAAAAACGACAAAGUGGCGGCUCAUGGAAGGAUGGUGCUGAAGGCUCUGGACAAAGCAGUGAACAACAUGGACAACAUGAAACGGACGUAUGCUGCUCUGAGCCGGUUGCAUUUUCAGAAACUCGAAGUGGAUCCCGAUAGCUUCAGGCUGUUGGCAGACUGUAUCACUAUCACAAUCGCAUGCAAACUCAAGUCAGCCCUGAGCCCCCAGAGUCAAGCUAUCUGGCAGAAGUUUCUAUCUGCUGUGGUCGACGCUAUGAGCAGUCAGUACCGCUGAAAAGAACCUAUUUGGAGAUAAUACAACUUUAAAAAACAAAAAAACAAAAAACGUGUGUUAGCCCUGAUAUAAGUUUGACAUGAGUGCAUUUCAGUUUGUUUUUUAUCAGUUGGAGCUUGAGUUUGGUGAGUCUCAUACUGAAGACAGUUACUAAAGACAAAACUGAAGUCAAAGAGACCCCAACACACACAAGCAGCAAGUGAAAGUAGUCUGACAGAGCUAAAGGAGGAAACAGCAUUUAGUGACUUUCAUGGGUUCCAGAUUUCAGACAGUUAAGAACUUGUCAUGGACUGAAAGUUGUUGUUGUUUUUUUCAACUCUGUGAAAAGUUAAUAAAAAAUAAAAACAAUUUUUAUAGUUAACAUUAUGUCACAUUUUCAAAUUACUGUGAGCCUCUGAAUAUGGGGUAUUAAUGUAUUAAUGGCUAUAUAAUUCAUAAAAUUAAUACAGUGCCUUUGCUAAACCACUUGAAAUAAUGCUGAAAGUCUUUCCAUCAAUCACACGUUCAUUCAUAAUGCCUUAAUGACAUUCUGCAUAUACUUUAGUGUUAGGGUUUGUUAAAAUCUCCUCACUGCAGUCCACACCUGUCGUACAUUAAAAACAUUUGAUAUACUAAGAAAUGAAAGACAUUAUAAAGGAAGCCCAGAACCUAGUAAGGCUGCUGAAAUCUUAUAUCAAGCAAAAUGGAAAAUAUAUCUGCUUCAUUUGCAAAAGGCUUAAAUGCUGUUGCUAAAAGAUACACUGAUAAUACACUGAUAAGCAUGCCACAAUCUGAUAUUUACUCAAAUGUACUGCUGGCUUCAAUUCUGACAUAGUAUAUGUAUUUUAAACUAAUAAAGAAAGCUCACUCUCAA